UUGGGGGGUUGUCUCCUCUGUGCUCCCUGGACGUGCGGUCCACGCGGUCCCCCGGAGUUCCACGCCUGGAGCUGUGCCCAGGCUUCAGCCAGGGGAGGAUGUGGCCGGAAGGCCUGCCACUCGUAGUGGAAGGGAAGAGAGACUCAAGGAGGAUGGCUAAAGUUUGUUGUGAGAUGCAAGAAGUAAGCCCCAGUGCGUCUCUUAUUGACAGAACCAUCAAGAUGAGAAAAGAAACAGAAACUAGGAAAGUGGUUUUAGCCUGGGGACUCCUAAAUGUAUCCAUGGCUGGAAUGAUAUAUACUGAAAUGACUGGAAAGUUAAUUAGUACAUAUUAUAAUGUGACAUACUGGCCUCUGUGGUAUAUUGAACUUGCCCUGGCAUCUCUCUUCAGUCUUAAUGCCUUAUUUGAUUUUUGGAGAUACUUCAAAUAUACGGUAGCACCAACAAGUCUGGUGGUUAGCCCCGGACAGCAGGCACUGUUAGGGCUGAAGACGGCUGUUGUGCAGACUACACCUCCCCGGGAUCUGGCAGCCACCCAAGUCCCUCCCUCUCCACCUUCCCCUUCCAUUCAGGGUCAGAGUGUGCUAAGUUAUAGCCCAUCUCGUUCACCGAGUCCCAGUCCCAAGUUUGCUGCCAGCUGUAUGACUGGGUACAGCCCUCAGCUGCAAGGUCUGUCCUCAGGCGGCAGUGGCUCAUACAGCCCUGCAGUGACCUACUCUCCAGUCAGUGGUUAUAAUAAGCUGGCAAGCUUUAGUCUGUCUCCUCCUUCUCCCUACCCUACCACUGUUGGCCCAGUGGAGAGCAGUGGAUUGAGAUCUCGCUACCGUUCUUCACCCACGGUCUAUAACUCACCUACUGACAAAGAAGACUACAUGACAGACCUUCGGACUUUGGACACUUUCCUUAGAAGUGAGGAGGAGAAACAGCAUAGAGUUAAGCUGGGGAGCCCAGAUUCCACGUCUCCUUCCACCAGCCCUACCUUCUGGAAUUACAGUCGUUCUGUGGGGGACUAUGCACAAACAUUAAAGAAGUUUCAGUAUCAGCUUGCCUGUAGGUCUCAGGCCCCGUGUGCGAACAAAGAUGAAGCUGAUCUCAGUUCUAAGCAAGCUGCAGAAGAGGUAUGGGCAAGAGUGACUAUGAAUAGACAGCUUCUUGAUCACAUGGAUUCAUGGACAGCCAAGUUUAGAAAUUGGAUCAAUGAGACAAUAUUAGUGCCACUUGUGCAAGAGAUUGAGUCUGUCAGCACUCAGAUGAGACGAAUGGGCUGUCCAGAGCUACAGAUAGGAGAGGCGAGUGUUACCAGCUUGAAACAAGCUGCCCUGGUCAAAGCACCUCUCAUUCCAACUCUGAAUGCAAUUGUGCAGUAUUUAGACCUAACGCCAAAUCAGGAGUACUUGUUUGAAAGAAUCAAAGAGCUUUCUCAGGGAGGCUGUAUGAGCUCCUUCCGGUGGAACAGAGGUGGAGAUUUCAAAGGACGCAGGUGGGACACAGACCUGCCCACCGACUCUGCUAUCAUCAUGCAUGUGUUUUGCACCUACCUUGAUUCCAGGUUACCUCCACACCCUAAGUACCCUGAUGGGAAAACAUUUACUUCUCAGCACUUCGUUCAGACGCCAAAUAAACCAGAUGUUACCAAUGAAAAUGUGUUUUGUAUUUAUCAGAGUGCUGUCAACCCUCCACAUUAUGAGCUAAUCUAUCAGCGACAUGUCUACAAUCUGCCAAAGGGCAGAAAUAACAUGUUUCAUACAUUGCUGAUGUUCCUUUACAUCAUAAAGACCAAAGAGUCAGGAAUGCUUGGGAGAGUUAAUCUUGGGCUCUCUGGUGUGAAUAUUUUAUGGAUUUUUGGAGAGUAGUCCAUUAUUUACUCCCAAACAUUUGGACUUUGGUUUUAAUUGACCUGGAAGAAGUUGAAGCUGAGCAUCUCCCAGUAAGCGCCUCUUCUGAAAUAGGAUGUGUGUUUUGCAGACUUGUUAGAUGUAACAAGAACAACUAUUAGGAAGCUUCUUAUGACGUAACAACUCCUGUGUCUUCUACCGCACGGAACAGUAGUUCCAUUGGAUGACUCUAAAACUACAGCCCUGGGAUAUAAACUAGUACAGUCCCCUCCCUCGGGGAAAGCAAACACGCCUCUCCAUUGUAACCCCGUGAGAAUCAACACUUCAUCCUUCACCAUCACAAACUGUAUUUCGUUGUUGUGUAGUAGUGUAAAUGCUCAAAAUGAACCUUGCUAGUUUUCUUUGUUGUAUCUCUAUAUUUCCCCACUGUUCUGCAAGUCAGCCUAAAGCUGAUAUGAAAUUAAUUUCAAAGUGAUGUAGUAAUUAAUCCUGCUGAGCCAUCUCCCCAGCCCCCUAUUGGUUUUUUUUUAUAUUAAAAGAGAUUUGAUAAUAUUGGCAUCUUGAAA